AUGCUGGCAAAAAAGACAGUAGAUUUAAAUAGGUGGGACAGGGUAUUGCAUGAGGUCGAGUACGCAUUGAACAAUAUGUUAUGUGCUUCGACGGGUGAAGCCCCAUCUAAGUUAUUAUUUGGUGUAUAUCAACAUGGUACGGUGGAAGCAAUAAGUGCAGAAAACCAGUCGAACAAAGUUAACGAAGAAAUCGUUGACGAUCCUGGUCAAACGUCUAGUGAUCAAUUUCCCGCAUCUUCUUCAAAUAUGGUACCAAAUACAACUCCAACUACAGAUAUACAAAAUACAACUCCAUCAACAUCUUUUCAAAAUCCAGCUUCAUCAACAUCUAUUCAAAAUUCAAUAGCUAAUAUCCGCAAAAGAAAACAAACUAAUAUUUCAGAAUACGUACCAAGAAAAAUGACAUUCGACACACAAAAGAAAAUUGACGAUGCCCUUAUCCAAAUGAUCACUAAAGAUUUUCAACCAUUCAAAAUAGUCGAAGACGAAGGUUUUAGGCAUUUUGUUCAUCUGCUAAAUUCUUCAUACAAAAUACCAAACCGCCAUACAUUGUCCAAAGUUCACAUACCUGCGUUGUACCAAAAAUGUUUAAUUGAAACAAAGGAAAUGAUCAAAAGUGAAGCUGUGUGUGGUUGCAUUACCACCGAUUGCUGGACAUCCAGAAGUAACAUGGGUUACAUAGCUAUAACAUUUCAUUUUAUUGACAACAAUUUUGGUCUGAAAUCUGUUUUAUUAGGUUGUCAUGAAUUCUCUGAAAACCACACAAGUGUAAAUUUAAGUAACCAAAUACAAUUGACAUUAGAAGAAUGGGAUUUAACAAACAAAAUUACUUUUGCAGUAUCCGAUAACGCAUAUAAUAUAAAGAGAGCUUUAUCUAUCCUUGAGUUAAAGCAUUUUGGAUGCUUUGCUCACACGUUAAAUUUGAUCGUUCAAGGGGCUCUCACAAUCGAAUCUAACCUUUUAGAAAAGAUUAAAACAAUUGUCACACAUUUCAGAAAGAGUACAUCUGCAAAUAAAAAGUUAAACAACUAUCAAAUAAGUAACGGAGCAAAAGAACCAAAAAAAUUACUUCAAGACGUGAGUACCCGCUGGAACUCAACUCUGUACAUGAUCGAGCGGUUGGUUGAACUUGAAAGUUCUAUUCGUGGAACUCUUGGUUUACUAGAUAAUCCUCCUGAAGGCUUAACAGUAGAUGAGUGGAAAGUAACUAGAGAACUGUGUAUAGUGUUACGUCCGUUUGAAGAGGCAACAAAAGCUGUAAGUGGCGAUAAAUACAUGACAGCUUCUUUAGUUAUAGUCUUAGCUGAAGGACUCAAAAAUGUAUGCAGCAAACUACAAAAAGAAAAUUACCAUCAAAGAGUGAACAAUGUUUUAAAUAAAUUAUUAUCUGGAAUGAAUGAUAGAGAUCGCUGGGGUAACAUAAUAGGUAGUCAUACACUAGUCCGUUGUACGUUCCUCGAUCCACGAUUCAAAAACAUUCCGUUCACUGAAAAUCACCUACAAAUGAUUAAAAGUGACAUUAUAGAAAAAACUGCAUCAAUUAUAUCAGCUAUUAGGUCAGACAAUGAGGUGCAACGUACUUUACCGACUCCUACCGCUUCAGGAAAUGAACAAGGGUUUUCAAUUUGGAGUUCCAUCGAUUCAAAAGUGUCCCAAAUUCAACCUUCAGGGACCAAUACAUCAAGGGCUAUUAUAGAGGUACAAAGGUACUUAGAAGAUGAUGUACAGAACCGCAACACUGAUGCAUUAAAAUGGUGGAUGGAUAAUAAACAUAAUUAUCCAUAUUUGAGUCAGCUUGCCAGGAGAACACUUUGCUGUCUUGGUACAUCAGUGCCCUGUGAACGCGUGUUCUCUAAAGCUGGGUUACUCAUCAGUGACCGCCGAAGUAGGCUUAGUAGCAAGAAAGUUGAAAUGCUCCUUUUUUUGAAUCAAAAUUCAUAA